CGCGGCCGCCGCAAGAGAGAGCAACCGAGUCCCCGCCCCGCCACUUCCGGUCCCGCCGCCCCAAGCCGGUGCGGCCGUGAGGGGCCGCGUCUCGCCGCCGCGGGCCGGCCGGGCACGGUGUGGGCGCCUGGCCUGCCUCGCCGGUCUCAGGGUGCCCAGGGGAACGUUCGGUAGUCGUAAUGCUGACGCUGGCAAGUAAACUGAAACGAGAUGAUGGCCUCAGAGGCUCCCGGGCGCCGGCCACGGCCUCCGACUCCACUCGGAGGGUGUCUGUGAGAGACAGGCUGCUUGUUAAAGAGGUUGCAGAACUUGAAGCUAAUCUACCUUGUACAUGCAAAGUGCAUUUUCCUGACCCAAACAAGCUUCAUUGCUUUCAGCUAACCGUAACCCCAGAUGAGGGUUACUACCAGGGUGGAAAAUUUCAGUUUGAAACUGAAGUUCCUGAUGCGUACAACAUGGUGCCUCCCAAAGUGAAAUGCUUGACCAGGAUCUGGCACCCCAACAUCACAGAGACAGGCGAGAUUUGCCUAAGUUUACUGAGAGAACAUUCGAUCGAUGGCACCGGCUGGGCUCCCACUAGGACAUUAAAGGAUGUAGUCUGGGGAUUGAACUCGCUGUUCACUGAUCUUUUGAAUUUUGAUGAUCCACUGAAUAUUGAAGCUGCAGAACACCAUUUGCGGGACAAGGAGGACUUCCGGAAUAAGGUUGAAGACUACAUUAAGCGUUACGCCAGAUGAUAGAGGAGGAGACUGCAGGGCUGUGGGCUGUGUGCUGCUGGUUUGUCUCCAUCUCAAACCGAGACGGAGCCCUCCUCCCCUCCUCGUGCUCCCUCAGCCCCACUGGGUCAUCCGAGUCCUGUGACCAUGUCCUGAGGAAGAACCUCUUCACGACUACCCACUGUACCUGGAGAGCUCCACGUAAAUACAGCAAGAAAAUGUGUUUGGGGUUCUAAAGAGUUGUCUGCUUACCUUAACAUGUUUACUUUUUGGAAAUUGUACUGUGUAGGCGCGUUGGUGAGAUUCUCGAGAAGCUGUAAUGAGCUCAGAAUUGAGGCUAGAGCUUGCUUCUUCCCUUUCCAAACAAAACGGUCCCUGCACAAGUGAUGACGAUGUGCUCAGUGUAGCUCACAGACUGGCCUAAGAAACCCACUGCAAACUGUGAUGGACGCGAAUUCGUAACUCCUCCCACAAAUGCUGGCCCUGCCUAGAUGUCAUGAGGCUUCCAGAAUGCAUAGAGUCAUUCACUGUAGAUCUCUUACUGAAAUGCAUAUUUUAUUUAAUGUAAGUAUAUUUUGGAACAGAUUUGUAAUUUGUACAAUUUAAUGCUUUAAUUAUUUUUUUCUAUCUUCAUUUAGUUUGUAUUUUCAUUGUCGAGCGCAGACAGAAAGAUGUUGGGUCAAGCAAUUAUUGCAGAGAAAUACAAAGAAAAUAUGAAAGACA